AUGCGAUUUCGAGGGCACGUGCGCAACCUUUUGGGUCAUUUCUCGCGCUUCGGGGAAGAAAGCUGUGCAGGUUCCCUUGCGAGCGCCUUGCAUGUGCUGAACCCAUACUCCUCCCGUGGAGAAGGACAUGCUGCGUUGGGCUUGGACGAGCUCGAGGUUGUUCUAGAGCAUACGGAUGCAGAGGAGUCCAUGAAUGAACUUUGGGGUGCAUUCGGGGCGAUGGAUGAGCUGGUCAUCCCGGCUCUGACUGCGGUGGUGUUCGUGGAGCCGCUGCCCAACCAGCCGGGAUACAAGCGCAACGUCCGCAGCGCCCAGUUCCGACCCCAACUGCGCGAGCGGCCGGUGGUCGGGGAUGGGCUUGGGCUCGUUGUCGCUGAUCCAAGCUGCGUCCCUUUCCGAGGCCACUUCGAGUACCGCUGGAAGGUGUACAGCGACCUCCGAAAACAUAUCACAGAGACAGCUGGGUCGCUCACCGAGUUCGCGUCGGGCUUCCGCAAGCUUGGCUUCACGAAGGACGAGGAGACUGGAGCCAUUACUUACCGGGAGUGGCUGCCCCCCGCCAAGUCCGUGUCAUUGGUCGGGGACUUCAACAACUGGGACGAGGGCGCGACCCCGCUCGCUCGUGACGCCUUCGGCACAUGGGAGGUCACGCUGCCAGCGAAGGCCAUCGCCCACCGCACGAGGGUCAAGUUCUGCGCCACCAAGCACGACGGCUCCACGGUCCAUCGCGUGCCUGCGUGGAUCCGCUGGUCGUGUCCGGACUUAGGAAAGUUCGGCUCGACGUACGACGGCUACUACUGGGACCCGUCGCAGGCCGGGCAGGACGACUACUGCUUCGAAGGCUUUCAGGCGGCGCGGCCCGCCUUGCCGAGCUCCCUCCGCAUCUACGAGGCACAUGUGGGGAUGUCCUCCACGGAGCCCAAAUGCAACAGCUACUUGGAGUUCGCCCGCGAUGUGCUGCCGCGCAUCAAGGAGGCUGGCUACAAUUGUGUGCAACUGAUGGCCAUCAUGGAGCACUCCUACUACGGCUCCUUUGGCUACCACGUCACCUCACCCUUCGCUGUGUCUUCGCGUUCCGGUACGCCAGACGAGUUCAAGGCUUUGGUGGAAGAGGCACACCGCCUUGGCAUGCUUGUGCUCAUUGAUCUCGUCCAUUCUCACGUUUCGAGCAACGCGGAUGACGGGCUCAACGGCAUGGACUUUGGCCAACCGGAGGGCGAAUCAUACUUCAUGACUGGGGAGCGUGGCUACCACAAGCUCUGGGACUCACGCUUGUAUUGCUACAAGAACUACGAGGUUCUCAGGUACUUGCUCUCCAACCUUCGCUGGUGGCUGGAGGAGUGUUGA